AAUUGUAAAAUACCAAUCUGUUGAGCAGUUAUGACAUUUACAAAUUGAGUGGUUAACACUUUGUUUAACUUCGUUUAUCUUUCUAGUAAAUUCAACUUCGGUUAAACAAGUAGAUAUCAUCCUCAGAGGAGAAAAAAGUGACCAAGUGUCUCUGAUUACUUGGAAGGCGGAACCCAACAAGAAAUAGCUGAUAGUGGACGAUUUUGCAGGGAAGGGUUUAUGUUUCGGACCGAACAUGGCUACGUUCGGCGGCCGUGCUGUUCGCGCUGAUACUUCUGAUAGACAAACGAAGUCUAAUUUUAUAUCUCCACAAAAAAUUAGAGAACUUCUUAACGAAGGCGUGGUCACCGAGCAGAGCGGGUCAAACAGUGUGCAGGGGGAUUCAAAUUUAGCUUCAUCAAAUGGCGUUGGUAAAUCACCGUGCGAAGCAACGAAUAAAGAUGCGUUUUUCUCAAGAGUAGGAUCAUACACCUGUCUGAAAUGGGCUGGUAAACCCCGUACCCUCUCCCCUCUCCGAUGCGCCAAGUAUGGCUGGAUCAAUGUGGACUGUGACAUGCUCAAGUGCUCCACCUGCCAGGCCUUCCUCUGUGCAUCCAUGCAGUCAGCUUUGGACUACCAAAAAUAUGAAGAGCGCAUAUCUGAGAUUACCCGACAGUUGCAGACUCAGCAUGAGAAGUAUUGUUCCUGGCCUGACUUUCCAUGCCCAAACAGGUUCUGGAUGAUUCCGGUGAGCGAGCCAGCGGAGCUGCUCAAUACCUUCCUGGAGCGUUUUCAGAGUGCUCUGGUCCUGGAGCAACAGCUCCCUGCUAUGAAGCCACAGCAACUACAGGCCAUGUCUCUGACGGAAGAUGCCAUCAGUGCGCUGCUGCAGCUGAUUGAGGACGAGCAGAAGAAGAAGCGGGGCGGGUCCCCAGCCAUCAACUCACCUCUGCUGAUGACCUCGGAGCCGUUGUCCGUGCAGGUGGCUGCCUGCAUCGUGGCCCUCUGUGGAUGGGCAGCGAGUCCAGCACAGCUGGCCCUGAACCUCCCCAUCCUCACCUGCUCCUACUGCAUGCGCAAGGUCGGCCUGUGGAACUUCCACCAGAUGGAGAACGCAGCCGGGAGCGAGGGGGACGCUUCCAGCGUGGCCGCCUCCCCACCCACGACCCCCAGGCCUGGGCAGGAGGGGGCCGGCGACGGCUUCGCUCACACCCCUUCCCCCUCCCCCACUCUCUCCCGAAUGAAACUCCGCAGCCAGGACUCCUCACGCUCUGAAUCGGUGGAGGGCAACGCGGCCCCUCUGGCCGUGCGCACCCGCAGCAGGGACUCCCCGAGCCCCAGCGAGGAGCUGCCCAGCCCCCUGGGCCGGGCCAAGAGGCCCAUGACCCGCAGCCGAGGAGGCCAGUGCGGGGUGCCCUCCAGCCCCCAGCAGAAGAACAAGCGCCCGCGCCUCUCCUCCGCCAGCAGUCCGGAGGGCCCCAUGAACAGGAACGCGUUUGAUCCCAUCGCUCAGCACAGGGACUGGUGCCCAUGGGUGAGCACCAGCGAGCAGGAAGCCACGCCCCCCAGGAAGGACUCCCUGCCCGAGGGCGCCGAGGCGGAGCGGCCGCAGCCCGGCUGGAAGGCGGCCCUCACCCUCUUCCUCUCCAUGAAGCACAGCCUGGCCCCGGUGGGAGCCAGCCCCUCACAGGGUGCCAGAGACAAGUCAAAACGGGUGUUUACAAUAUUACGGCAGUGGCAGUCCUAUUCUACAUAAGAGCCCUGGGCGGAUGUGGAUGGAUCAUAGAUUUGGAUUGAUUUUAUAUGGUGUGCCGUUCCCUGAAGACUGACAUUGUUUCUACAUCCGUGUGGCCCCCUGGUGUACUAAGUCUUGUUUACAGUGAUGGAAGGCGGAGGGAUACCGUGUUUUAGAGGAGCGUUGGAAAUUUGGGUGGGGACAUUUCCACGAUUGAAUAUUCAUGGAUGUCUUCUCGAGGUUCCACUGAUUGUUGUCAUUGUUGGAGGGCUAGGAAUCCUGACAUGAGCAAGACAACGUGGGGGAUAUCUGCUGCCAUCCAGUGUGUGUGUAUGUGUGUGUGUGUGUGUGUGUGUGUGUGUGUGUGUGUGUGUGUGUGUGUGUGAGAGAGAGAGAGAGAGCGCGUGCGUGCGUGCAAGAGUGCAUGCGCGAGUGUGAUGACGAUACACUCAAAACCACAGCAUAUCUAUCAUAUGGACAAUACAUACGAGCCAGAGCCCUCAGACUUCACCUUGGUUUCCCCUCUGUUUUACUGUGUCUACACACACACACACACACACACACGAGGGAUUGUGACUUCAUUAGCUAUAACUACAAUAAUAAGAUGGUGAAAAGUCAAUAGGCUACACUGGAAGUAAUGAACAAACAAAGGUCCUGUUUCUGGAAGUGCCGAAAGUAUUUCAAGCCUGAGAGGGGACGCUAACAAUGACUUGUGUUCAACCCUAAGCUGUGAGGAAGCUUUCUUUUCCUUUUUCUUUUUCUUUUUUUUUAUAAUGUGUGUUUUUUUUUUCUUGACGUGUGAAAAUGAACUGGAGUAGGCAUGGAUUUGGCUCUUGACUCAUGGAUUAGACAUUUCAGUGGUUGGGUUGGGUUAGGCAAAACUGUCUUCUUGGAAACGUAUGUAAAAUGUCUGCCCUCUCUGUGUCUAGAACGCUAAUGGUCGGGAUGUUUUUUUUCUUAAAUAGACUUGUGUGGGGAUGACUUUAACGUGCCAUAGAAACUCAGAAUGUUGUGUGAGGGAGAAUACUUGCUUCUUUUGUUCUUUCUGUCAGCGCUCUUUUUCCAGCUGAUUCUGACCCUCUAUCUUGCAUGCACUUUUAGUCUUAAUGAACUUUCAAGGGCAUUUAAUAAAUGCGACCGUCUGCCUUUUUUCUAAA